CGCACGGCCCGUGAAGGCAGCAGCAGUCUGUCAUGUCACGGAGCUAACGUUACGUUGUCCCUUUGAACGCAUCAGCUUUGUCAACAUGCACUUAAAAGUGUCCCCGCGCUGUUUAUUAUUUCAUUUUUCACCUGUUGGCUUCUUCGAAGGUGUUUAGGUAAAUUCAAAAAAGAAAAUAUGCAGCAUUUCAACGAGCCGAGCUAGCCAUAACUGACACUUUCUCCCCCCGCUAACCACAGCGAGUUGUUAGCUCGUGAAGCUAGCGAACAUGGCGAUUGUGUCCGGCUCCUGUGCCCGGGUGAACGGCUCCAGAAACGGACCCUCUGUGUCCGCGUCGCCCUCCGGGUCCGUGGGACAGUCGCAGCCCAUGAUCGCAGUGUGGGAAUGGCAGGACGACCUGGGAUUCUGGCGGCCGUACAGCGGCCAGGUGAGCGCCUACAUCGAGCGGUGUUUGUCACCGCGGGGCCCGAGAGGAGGAGGGGGACCCGGCUCCACGAGCAUCUGCCUCGGACAAUCUGACCCUAGCCUGUCGCCUUAUCUUAUUGACAUACCGAGCCUGAAGCAGUUUCGACAGGACACAGGAAAGACGCGGUCAGUGCGUCGGUCCCUGUUUGCCCAGUCCUCGGGCCUCGGCAGUGGCGUUUACUGGGAGUGGCUCAACGACGAAGGAGGAUGGACUCCGUAUGAGACUCGCACCUCGAUCCUUUUGGAGCACAGUUACCAGGCCCGGCAAGGCACCGCGGACCUGGGCCCGCACGGAUACAAUUACAUAGUGGACCUCACAUCUCUGACCCAAGUGAACAAAGCCACGGGCUUCAGGAGGCAGGUGCGGCGCCAGUGUAACCUCCCGUACCCGCUGGCCUCCAACGGCCCGCCGGCCAUCCCCUCGGGCCCCGCGUGCUCCUGCCAGCAGUGUCUGAGCCACAGCAGCACGGGACCGAUGCCGAGCCGCUCGCGACAUUCCUUUUCGUCUGGGAGUCUGAACAGGCCGAGCCUGCAGGGGACAGGGCGAGCUGCGGCCGCUCACCCCACCUCUGUCUACUCGCCGUACCCGAGGAGACCCCUCUCUGUCGGGGGGAUGUCUUGGGGCAGCCCCUGGCCUCCACCAGCGUCUGGAAGUCAACUGUCUGCUCCACUUCUGACCAGCUCUGCCAGCACGAACGGGUUAAGUGUUCCCUCCAUCUCUGUGCCGCUGAAUGGAUCCACAAGUGUCAGCUCUGCACUGGCAGGCAUGGCCUCCAUUUUGAUGUCAGCAGUGGGACUCGGCGUGCACUUCACCGCUGCCCCCCUCCCUCAGCAGCAGCAGCAGCAGCAGCAGCAGCCACAUCAUCAUCAUCAGCAGCAGCAGCCGCCUGCUCCUCUCUCUCUUCCUCCUCUCCUCCCCUCAGCCAGCAGACCCAGCAAACCCCACAGCAGCCACAGCAGCAGCAGCAGCAGCAGUUCAGUUAGGAGAACAAAGAGGCAGCACAGGAGAGCCUCGGCUCAGAGACCUGAGGAGGUGAUUCAGCGCUACAUGGAGGUGGUGACGGGCGUCUCUGAUGAGGACUGCAUUAUCUGCAUGGAUCAACUGUCCAAUCCAUCCGGCUACGAGGCGCCGUCCGCCACAGAGGACGGAGGCCAGAGCAUCCCGCCCGACGCCGUGGGGAAGUUCAUCAAAUGUGGACACACCCUGCACAUGCUCUGCAUGCUGGCCAUGUACAACAACGGCACAAAGGACGGCAGCCUGCAGUGUCCGUCGUGUAAGACAAUCUACGGAGAGAAGACGGGAACUCAGCCCAAGGGCAAGAUGGAGAUUUACAGCAUCGGGCAGUCGCUGCCCGGCCACCCGGACUGCGGCACCAUCCAGAUCAUCUACAGCAUCCCUCCUGGAAUACAGGGUCCAGAGCAUCCAAACCCAGGACAGCCGUUCACCUGUCGAGGUUUCCCACGCUUCUGUUUCCUCCCGGACAACGACAAAGGCAGGAAGGUGCUGGAGCUGCUGAAGGUGGCGUGGAUGCGUCGCCUCAUCUUCACCGUGGGAACGUCCAGCACCACAGGAGAGCCCGACACCGUGGUGUGGAACGGCAUCCACCACAAGACGGAGAUGAUGUCCAACCUGUCGGGCCACGGCUACCCGGACCCCAACUACCUGGACAAUGUCCUCUCUGAGCUGGCGUCUCAGGGCGUGACGGAGGACUGCCUCCGGCCUGCAGGUGGCGCCUGCAGCAGUUAGAUCGCAGCGUCACCUCCGCGUUUCACCAUUGACUUAAACUUCUUCCUCGUGUUCUUCACCAUCAGCGUCUGCUCAGAUCUUCACCGACUGCGACGGCGCGUUUGAGGAGGUUCUCGCGAGGAGGAGGAGGCGUCGCCACAUUCCGUCUCAUCACGCGCUCCAGGAACACGGACUCCAACCGGAGAUCGUGUUUCUUGUUUUUCCUUCUUUUCUAUUUUUUUUAAUCUCCCUCCAUUAACUCGUGGUCGUCUGGAUCCUCCGGACCUGUUGCCACGACGACAGCAGCUUUUUGUCCGAGGCUUAAAAAAAAAAAUCUCAUCAAGCACUUUAGUUGUGACGAUGCAUUUUAGCCGAGGUGUGUGGUUUUUCCCAGUAAAGUCCGUUUAAAGGGAUAGUUCAUGUUUUUGUUUGUAGUGUGGAGCGUGUCUACAUUACGCUCUAAGCACUUCCUGUGAGGAGAAACAGCUGAGGACAAGUGAAACAUGGCUCCCAAUAAGGACCAUAGAUAUAUAAAAUAUGUCGGCUUAAGUCUACGAUUUCUUUUUUUUUUGACCAGGGCACUGAAGUUUGUCUCCCCUGCACCAAAGCCCAUUGACAAAAUCAGCGAUUUAAGCUCACAGCCACGCAAUAGCUGCAAGGCUGCGCUCGUCUUCUUCACUUUGGUAAAUGUUAAAGGAAGCAUUUCAAACACAGAAGUCACAGAAUAACGCAUGUGGACAUCUUGAUGGGGGCAUCAGUGAGUCAACAUCUGCUGUCAUGCUGUGAUGUAAAAUCAAUUGAUUUUCUCUAUGGGCUUUGGUGUGGGAGAGAGAGUUGUUUACAGAACGUCAGUUUUCUGUCAAAAUAAAGCAGCAAAUAUAAUCUUCACUUAAGUCGAUGUUUAUUUUAUUAAGUGAGUGUUUUGUUAAGUGGUUAAAAUCUGUGAUGUUUUGUUUUGCUGUUCAUGUUUGUCGCUCCACAAGCUAAAAUUGCUGAUUUCUUCAAUGGGGUUUGGUGCGAGACUGUAUGCAACUUACAAACUUUGCCGUUUCACAGCAAAAUAAAAUAUCGCAGACUUUUCUUAAGUGGUUAAAAUGUGUUUCCUGAGGUUUUAGCCAUGAUUUCACUCCCUGUCCUGGGCUGGUUUUCAGCACAUCUAGAGUCACGUGUUUGUAAACUCACUGAUUUUUUGUUCCCACAGCCACAAAAAAAAAACAUGAAUUUUAAAAACUCAAAUUGGGAGGUUAUGCAAUUAAAUGUCUCUGCGGAAAAAAGAACAACAAAAAACACUGAAAUCUUAGUAGCAGUCACGAUAUAUUAGUGCAUUUGAUGAAAAGGGGCAACACUUUUACUGAUGUAAAUAAAAUACGUGAAUAAAUCCUAUUAUGUUAAAAAAAAAACAACAGGUCACAUGAAUCCAUAAAUGUCUGGUUGUAUAUUUUUUUCCCCAAUGUUUAACACGUUUUUUUCCUCUGCGUCUGUUUUUAUUCACAUCAAAUGUCACGUUUGUUGAGAAGGUUUUUGUUUCGUUUUGUUUUUUUAGCUCAGUUUGAACGACAGAAAAAGGACAAAAAAGGACAUUUUUCACAGUGUGACAAUCACGGUCGUGGAACUCCGUCUUGAUUAAACAAGACACGUGAAGCCACGGCGAGGAAAACGCUCUCUCAUCGACGACGAUGCAUCACUCUGCUCCACUGAGUCCUGACAUGUAUACGAGCAAAACUGGAAAAUAAACGUCUGCAAUAAAGAAAUAAACUUAAUUAAAUCUA